UAUUCUCCUAAAGUAGUUAAUAUUAUUCAAGCGGUAUCCGACCUCCUCCCCGGUAGCUACAGAAGCUAACUCAAAAUGCAACCUUCCCCACAGUGGGGUUAGACAAGUUAAAACAAACUGGUUUGCACUAGACCAUUCAACCAAAGGGGUUUCACUGCAGCAUACGACGAGCAAUAGCUGUACUGGUUGCCAUCUACUCGUCGCAUUUCUCCCAAGAGUAAUAAACUAGUCAUCAACCAGCCGACCAUGAUAAAGCUCCCUUUGUACCUCAUCAACAACACCAGUUGAGGCAUGGACCUGACGAAUUACAGCAAGCAGCUCAUGCAGCAGCUGUGGGCCCUGAGGACGGAGGGCAAGUUCUGUGACUGUACCAUAUUAGUGGGCGACACGCCUCACACCGCGCACAAGCUGGUCCUGGGAGCCACCAGUAUGCUCUUCAGAUCUCUGCUGGAAGGCUCUGACACCAUCUCUAUCGACACGGCGGUGGUGUCGUCGCAGGAAUUCGCCUGCCUGCUGGACCUGGCUUACACGGGCAAGCUGCCCACUGGAAAGCACAACGUCAGCCGCGUCAUCGCCUCGGCAGACAGCUUGCAGAUGUACGAUGUGGCCGUGCGCUGCAAGAACAUCCUCAGUAGGCUGGUCGGGGCCCAGCCCAGGCCUGCUGCAGCUGCUGCUGCUGUCACCACCACCCAGACAGAGGCUCAGACCCAGAACCAGGCUGAACCUCAGACCCAGACUGAACCUCAGAACCAGAACCUGGCUGAACCUCAGAACCAGAACCAGGCUGAACCUCAGACCCAGAACCAGGCUGAACCUCAGACCCAGGCUGAACCUCAGACCCAGAACCAGGCUGAACCUCAGACCCAGACUGAGCCUCAGACCCAGAACCAGGCUGAACCUCAGACCCAGACUGAGCCUCAGCAAGAGGUCCAGGCUGAACCUCAGACCCAGACUGAACCUCAGGUCCAGAUCCAGGCUGAGCCUCAGACCCAGGCCCAGGCUGAACCUCAGGUCCAGACUGAACCUCAGGUCCAGAUCCAGGCUGAGCCUCAGACCCAGGCCCAGGCUGAGGUCCAGGUCCAGGUCCAGGCCGAGAGGGGAAUGCCACCCGCAGCACACCCAGCAUCUCCAGCUGAAGACCAGGUGCAGGAGGAGGCUGUGAAAGCCAGGCUGGAGGGCAGAGAGGAAGUAGAGGAGUCUCCUGGCCAUAGGAGGCUUGCUGGGUCAAAGAGGCCGGGAAGUGUGGAAGCGCCAAGCCCUAAGAUCCCUCGUAUGGAAGUCCUGGGGUCCAACGACCAGGACGACUGCGUACCCCGGCCGCUUCUCCGUCAGCUGAAGGAGUCGUCAGAGGUGGUGCCUCCUCCCUGGACGGCCGGCGCUCUGCUGGAGCGCUCCGGGGCGCUGCUGGAGCUGCUGGGGGGUGUGGCCUCCCUCGCAGAGCUCCUCCCCCGGGCAGCGGCCAGCUGCCUGGAGGAUCAGGAGAGAGAGGUGGUGCUGGGGUGCUGCUCGGGGGGGGCCACGCCCACCACCGCCGCCCUGCUGGUGGCCCGGCUGAGGGAGGGGCUGAUGAGCGAGGCCGGGACGCUGGCGCUGCUCGCCGCCCUUCAAGAGGAGUCUCCGGCCCCAUGGGGGGCCGGCCUGCUGGCCCUUCUGGAGGAGGUGGAGCCCGCCGCAGGGUCCACCACUGAAGACCAGGACCAGGAGGCAGGAAGCGAUGGCACCAACGAAGAGGUAGACAAAGAGGCAGACUAUGAAGAAGAGGAAGACGAGGACGGGAGCGUUAAGGAGGAGGUGAAGUGUGAGGCCACCGCCUCAGGGCCGGACCCUGAUGGCCCCGCCCCGCCACAGCCCUAUUCCUGCCGCUGGUGCAAGAAGGGGUUCGCCUUCAAGUGCCGGCUCCGGGCUCACCUCAAGUGCUGCGCCCUGUCGCAGGAGCCCAAGCACCAGUGCCCCCAGUGCCCCCAGCGGCUGCCCACCGUGCGGGCCCUGCAGCGCCACCGCGGAGAAGCCCACCCCAACGCCCCGCAGGCCAAGAAGAAGGUGGCCUGUGACCUGUGCGGCCGCACCUUCGCCCACCCCUCUGGCAUGAUCUACCACAAGCGCACGGAGCACUUUGAAGAGAAGCCUUUUGCGUGUGACGAGUGUGGGACCAAGUUUGCUGCCAACUCGUCCCUGAAGAACCACAUGCGGCUGCACACGGGCGAGAAGCCCUAUCACUGCAGGCACUGCGACAUGAGCUUCAGCGUGGCCGCCGCCCUGGCCUACCACACCAAGAAGAAGCACUCCGAGGGCAAGAUGUAUGCUUGCCAGUACUGCGAGGCCCUGUUCGCCCAGUCCAUCGAGCUGACCCGUCAUGUGCGCACACACACGGGUGACCGGCCCUAUGUGUGUCGCGAGUGUGGCAAAGGUUACAGCCAGGCGAGCGGGCUUACCGUCCACCUCCAGACCUACCACAACAUCCAGGAGCCCCACGACUGCCAGAAGUGCCGUCUGAGCUUCUCGUCAGUGGAGGAGCACAGGAAGCACCUCCAGGACAGCCACCCGCGUGAUUUCCACAAGUGCCCCGUCUGCCACAAGGUGUUCCACAGCGCCGCCCUGCUGGAGAAACACAAGGCCAUGCACUCUGGGAUGAAGCCCUACAGCUGCGACCUCUGCCAGAAGUCCUACCAGCAACUGUCGGGCCUGUGGUACCACAACAGGACCAACCACCCGGAGGUGUACGCCAGCCAGACCAGCAAGUCCCUCAAGUGCCUGGUUCAGUGCGACAUCUGCUUCAAGUUCUUCCCCAACGCCAGCAGCCUGAGCAGCCACCAGGCGCUGGAGCACGCCGCAGACUCUGAGGGGGCGGCGGUGGUGCGCUGUCCCUACUGCCCCGCCCUGCUGGGGGGCGAGGAGGGGCUCCAGGAGCACUGCACCAGCCAGCACUUCAGCCCCGGGGGCACGGCCUUCAGCUGCUCCCUGUGCCCGCUGCUCUGCCCCAGCCAGCAACAGCUGCAGGACCACUACCUGGCCUGCCACGUGGAGGCGCUGGUGGAGCAGGCAGGCCGAGGGGCCACCGUUGGAGGAGGAGGAGAGGAGGAGGUAGCAGAGGAAGAGGAGGAGGCCUUUAUCUCGGACAGCGCGCAGGAGAUCCCGACAGAGCCUCUUCUGGACGGAGCGGAGUCGGUUCUCUCCCUGGACCCAUCGCAGCUGGCCGGCUCUCAGCAGGUGUUCGUGGCCCUGGGAGGCGGGGCCGGGGCAGAGCUGUCAGCAGACAUGGUGGCCGUCAACAUGGACGACCUGCUCAACGGCACUGUCACCUUCAUCUGUGAAGACAAACCGUGAGGUCGGCCACUCAGGACCCACCCCUUAAGAUUACUGCGCCUCCACCUCUCAGGACCCUGAGGGGUGCAGGGAUGACAGGUCAAAGGUGGGCUGGUGUGACCUAACACCCAAGUCGAAGCUCAGGGAUGGCAGCAAACAGGUCCCAGAAAUGGAAACCGCAUUCCGGGCCUAGACCAGAAUCUGUAUUUCUCUUUCUUACCAGAAACUGUGCUGUUCAUUUAAUUGGUGGCCAUUGAGGUUGAUACGUUUAGAUUGUUUCUACCAAAUUAAAAGGAAUUCAAGUUAAAAGAAAAACUCUGGGGAUACCAUGUUCAGCAAAGAAUGAAGAUAGGUCAUUUCUGUCCUGGAGAGAAUGCAUGUAAAAAGAGUAUAAAGUGGGUCAGAUCACAUUAUGCAAAUGACACAAUUGUGUGAUGUGGAUAUUGAACACCUGCUCUGCUGGUAACAUCAUCCGUCUGUACCAGACAAUGAACUGCAGUGAUCAACCACCCUGUGUCUGGGUGUCGGAGGAGCCCAGCGUCGCCCCCUAGAGGGCGUGGGGCAACAUAACCACCUGCAGGCCAAGGUCACCACCUCAGGUUCUGACCAAAAGGGUGGAAUGGGCCUCUACAGAAGAAUGGAUCUGACAACAGCUCAGGCACAAAAUAUAAAGACCUUGUUUAUUGCGGAAUGCUUGAUUAAAUACAAUAGUCCUUUUCUCACAAUGUUGAAA